AUGAUCUACUCUUCUGGAAGGGAAUCAUACUUCAACUUGAACUCAACCUGGUACGAUCCCUCAGGCUCCUGGCUGGACACCCGGCGCACCCCCUUCCGCUAUGGCUACAACAAUUGCUGCUCAGGGUGCGACGGUGAAGGCGUUGAAGGGAUGAGAGGGCACAACUACCGUCACUAUGGCUAUCGGCAGCCAGUCUGCUCCGAGAGGUGCCACGGCUAUGCUGUGUCUGAUUCCUGCCAUGGAGGUGGUUCAAGCUGCGUCAGGAGACCCACGUGCAGCUAUGGGUCAUCAGGGGGAUGCCAGAGCUAUGGGAGGUCCGUCUGCUCCGAGAGAUGCCACGGAUCCUCAGGUUCAUGCCAUGGAGGUGGUUCAAGCUGCGUCAGGAGACCCACGUACAGCUAUGGGUCGUCAGGGGGAUGCCAGAGCUAUGGGAGGUCCGUCUGCUCCGAGAGAUGCCAUGGAUCCUCAGGUUCAUGCCACGGAGGUGGUUCAAGCUGCGUCAGGAGACCCACGUACAGCUAUGGGUCAUCGGGGGGAUGCCAGAGCUAUGGGAGGUCCGUCUGCUCUGAGACGUGCCAUGGAUCAGGGUACCAAGGUGGGAAGCCAUGCUACAGCAAGCCAACGCAGUGCAUCACCCAGUGCCCCCCAGUGCAGACCUGUCCCUCUCCGGUGCAGCAAGGCUGCGUGCCUGCUGCAAAGUGCAUCCCAAGCCAGCAACAAAAGCAGGUCUGCAAAGUGCCAGCCCAGAAGACAAAAUAG